CUCGGGGGCGGUGCAAGCUCGGCGUCUGCAACAAUAAAUAGCAGCACCAGGAAACGCUCGGGACCUUUGGGAUGGUCCGAGUGAUGCCAGGGGUCAGGCCCUGACUCUCUUCCACUCUCCCUUCACUGUUUCGGCUGCACCGAAUGGCCUCCCGGAUUCUGUUACUUAGCCGGCGCGGCUUAACCCCACGCUGUCAGCAGGCAGCCGCCGAGAGUUUGCAGUGGAACCGGCUCCCGCGAUAUAGCUCGGGGCUCGCGGCCGGCGGGGGUUACCAUGGUAACAGGGCCCCGGCCUCGGGCCUGCAGCCCCCAAAGCAGCGGCUUGACGCCGAGCGGGAGACGGAGCGGAGCCGGCUGCCCACCACCGGAGCGUCACUGGUGGAUGCCAGGAGGCUGCUAACCCUGGCCUACCCGGAGCGGUGGCCGCUCUCAGCUGCUGUGGGCUUCUUGGGUGUGUCCAGCCUGGUGACCAUGUCUGCUCCCUUCUUUUUGGGAAAAGUUAUUGAUACCAUUUAUAUGAAUCCUGUUGGAGAGAAUGUAACUGGGAGCCUGACCUCACUGUGUGCUAUAUUGAGUGGUGUCUUCAUUUGUGGAGCUGCUGCCAAUGCUGUCCGUGUCUACCUCAUGCAGAUUUCAGGACAGCAGAUUGUCAAACGUUUGAGGACAAGAUUAUUUUCUUCAAUUCUAUGCCAGGAGAUUGGGUUUUUUGAUAAAACCAGCACAGGAGAGCUGAUAAACCGACUUUCGUCCGAUGCUGACCUGCUUGGACGCUCAGUAACUGAGAACCUAUCUGAUGGCCUAAGAGCUGUUGGUCAAGCAGCAGCUGGUGUUGGCAUGAUGCAGUUCUACGUGUCGCCUCAGCUGGCUAUGUUUGUCCUGGGCAUUGUUCCUCCAGUUGGUGUUCUUGCAGUGUUUUAUGGUAGAUACAUGCGCAAGCUUGCUGGAAUUACCCAAGAUUCGCUAGCUGAUGCAACACAGCUUGCUGAAGAGCGCAUUGGGAACAUCAGGACAGUUCGUGCUUUUGCCAAGGAAGAGUCUGAACUGCAGACAUAUACUGAGAAGAUCAGCCAAGUGUUGCAGCUGGCCAGGAAAGAAGCAGUGGCCCGCGCAGGGUUUUAUGGUGCAACUGGUCUAACUGGAAACCUGAUUGUUCUGUCUGUCCUGUACAAGGGAGGCCUGAUGAUGGGAGAUGCCUACAUGACAGUAGGAGAACUCACAUCUUUUAUGAUGUAUGCCUUCUGGGUGGGAAUAAGUAUUGGAGGCCUCAGCUCUUUCUAUUCUGCAUUAAUGAAGGGUCUUGGAGCAGGAGGGCGAUUAUGGGAACUUUAUGAGAGAAGACCAGAGAUGGCGCUGAACGUGGGUAUGAUUUUGGAGCCUGAUCAGUUUAAGGGUGCUAUUGAAUUUCGCAGAGUCACUUUUGCCUACCCAACCCGACCAGAGACUCAAGUGUUCAGUGAGCUUGACUUGUCUAUCCCAGCAGGCUCCGUGAUGGCUGUAGUCGGACCCAGCGGCUCAGGAAAAUCGACACUAAUGUCAUUGUUACUCAGACUAUAUGACCCUGUUUCAGGCACUGUUGUUGUUGACGGGCAUGAUGUUCGGAGUCUCAAUCCAUUCUGGUUGCGGAAGAAUAUGGGUGCGGUGAAUCAGGAACCAGUUCUAUUCUCCUGCUCAAUUGCAGAGAAUAUUGCAUAUGGGGCAGCCCCACCCUUUGAACUGACGAUGGAAGACAUAGAAAAGGCUGCCAAGAUUGCCAACGCCUAUGAAUUUAUCCGCAGCUUCCCUAAGGGCUUCCAAACAAUGGUUGGUGAGAAAGGUAUCUUACUCUCAGGUGGUCAGAAACAGAGGGUUGCAAUUGCUCGAGCUCUGCUCAAGAAUCCCAAAAUUCUGCUGUUAGAUGAAGCCACCAGUGCACUGGAUUCGGAGAAUGAGUAUUUGGUGCAGGAAGCUUUGGACCGAUUGAUGGUAGGAAGGACUGUGCUGAUCAUUGCCCAUCGUCUAUCAACCAUCCAGAAUGCUGAUGCUGUUGCAGUCCUUGACCAGGGCAGGAUAGUUGAGUGUGGUACCCACCAGCAACUCCUCUCAAAUUCAGAUGGAUUAUUUCGCAAGCUUGUGGAGAAACAAACUAUUUCACAAAACCACCAAAAACUUGUGUUGAAAGUAUAAUGCUCCCAAAUGUUACUCCUCUUAGGAAAAAAAAUACCUCCAGGUCAAAACAGCCGAGAAAUGCCUUGGAUUCUGACUAAUCGCAGCACUGAUUAUUAAAUAGGUUAUGAAACUUGUAAUUCUGAACAGUGUUCAGGAUCUCAGCUGUAGCAAUGAAGUAAAUGGUGAAAGAUAUCAAAUGUGAGCCACAGAAUGAGGAAGCCUGCGUCACAAUCUAUACAGUUUCUCCAUGGCCUUGUUGGACAAGUCUUCAGCGUGAGGUCUCAUACAAGGAAAGGUUGACAGUGACUCUGGGAAAGAUAAAAGCAGAUUUUUAAAUUGCCAAAGCUUCUCUUUGCCACAGUUUUAAAAACAUUUUUAAUCUAUUUUGGGAACCAUCUUUUAAGGACGGAGUAGUCUCACAUUUGUUCUGUAACUUUCUGCAGAUGGUACAAGGGAUACUAAAUUCCUUUGCGAUAAUGAAGUAAAACACUUGAAAUAGUUGGUGAAACUCACCAUUGUACAGACUGUAUUUUGUGAAAUGUUUGAUUAAUAGAUGAAGUGUGAUUGAACAAUCAAUCCUGAGUGGUUAUAAAUAUGAAUUUAAUUGCUUCACAAAAGUUUGACCCUUGAGAAUCUGUAGUAUCAAUUUUACAGUAAAAUUAAAACAAUCAAUUU